CUUUUACUGAGAGAGUUAAUAUUCGUUAUAUGUGAAUACUACACCAAAGUACUAUUAAAAAUACAAGACAAAGUAACGAUCACGCAAGAUUUUGAUUUAUCAGGUGAUCGAAAUCGAUAAAUUCUUUCCUACUUUGUGUGUUUUUACUCUUUCCAACAUAGAGAAAAUCGCGGCGUUGUGAAUUUCUUCAUUAGGACUUUUUGGUGUUCAACUUUUGAUUAUUUUGGAGGAAGCCAUACGCACCCGCUGAAAAAAUUGAUUUAAAAUCCCCAUUUUCCUAAUACCAGAAAGAAAGGUUACGACCGAUCAUUUCAUAAAUUUCAUUUAAAUAUCUUUGGAUAUCAUCUGAUACAUUUUCAACUAUGUCUAACACACCAGAAAGCGUGGUGAAGUACGAUUCUUCUCACCAAGUGAUUGAGGAUAUUGUGUAUUCCCUUUCCAACCAUAUCUUCUCGUAUGCUGAGCACGUUCCUUUAAACCACUACUUAACUCAGUGGAAUAAGAGCGGUCGUCAAAACGGGUUCUCUAACGAUGUGGAGUUGUAUAAUUUGGAGGCUCGUUCUGGUGCCCCCGGAUUAUUAUUGGGAUCUUAUACAGCUGCCAUUUCCUCACCUGGCGUGUAUUCCAUGAUUACUCCCUCUAGUUCACUCUCUUUAAUGAAUCCUUUGAUCUCAAACAUUGGACUUUUCUAUGGCGCUAGCAAGCCUCUUGUUUUGCACGUUGCUGCCUUGGACUAUGUUGACCAAGCAUAUCGUACUGAUAAUACUAGUGUACUCGAUUUUGCUUAUUUGAACAACUUUACUGUGUUCACUUCUCAGUCGAAUGUGGAAGCCGCUCAUAUGGCUCUUGCUAGCACUAUCGCAGCCAAGACGAGCCCCACUGUCCAUGUUUAUGAACCUGAUGCAAUUGUUACAGCCCUGGCCCCUGGUCUUCCUAAUCUCGAUGUUGGGGCUGUUGUUGACUGCUUCAACUCGUUUUCCACCAACGAAGAUCCUGUUCAAAAUGCAGCAAAUGCUUUGACUCAUAUCAAUGACCAUUUCUCGACCAAUUACAAGUCAAUCGAGUAUGAGGGUUCUUCAUCUGCUUCCAAGGUCUUUGUUACUUUCGGAAAGACAGAAACUGCUGCUGUUCGUAACUUAUUUGCUGCUAAUCAAGACUUGGGAUUGCUUUCCAUACGUGCCUUUCCCUUUUCCGUCGAAGAUUUGCAUCGCAGUCUUCCUUCGACUUGUACAAAGAUUGUCAUCCUUUCUCAAGUCCGCUCAACAGCUGUCAGUUCCCCUUCUUUUUACUAUUCUUCUAUUUUGGCAAGUUUGCUAGACACUGAAACUCUUCGUUUUUCUGUCCAAGAGCACCGUUAUGCCGUUAAGGAAUCCUUGACUACUGAGUCUCUUUACAAUGCUCUUUCUGAUUCCUUGGGUCUCAACUACGCUCCCUCCAAGGCUCCCAAGGUAGAGAAGACAAUUAGUUUCUGGGAACUGGACUCUAAUGAAUAUAACGUUCCUAACUUGGUGUCUACUCACAGAACCGAUAAAUCCAGGUCUGUUGCUUUUCGUACCUUAUACGACAAUUUGGUGCUUGCAGGUGUUCGUUUUUCCACCGUCCAACUUUCGACUCAAAACGCUUUGCUCACUGACGUCGUUCAAGGUUUGAACGCAGAUAUUUCUGUGGUGGUGAAUGAUAAAAUACCCUCUUAUUAUAGAGUUUUAGCCAAUGCUGCUGAGCACUCUGUUUGUUUGCUUCAGACCACAGUCUCUCAUGAGGAGACAGUUUCUAAACUUCCUUAUGAGUUUUUGACUGAUAUAAUAAAUAAGCAUGUCAAGUUGGUUCUUGUUAAUCCCAAGAAAUUUGUUAUCAAUGGUUCUAAUUUACCAAUCUUGAGUGCCUAUGUCCAACUUUUCAAACCCGGAUUGAGUUCUGAGGAAGCAUUUAGUGUUCUUUGCAAGGAGAAGGGAUUUAACGAAACUGUUCGCAAUAGCGCCCUUGAUUCUUUGAAAGAGGCUUUGACUUUUGUGAAUGUUGAGAAAGCAGCAUUGGAAGCACGCGAACCUAGCGACAAGCAAUUGCCCACUCAACCUGUUGAAACGUCCUUCGGUCCUAACCCUAUUAAAUCUCUCGAAGAGGAAGUCGCACCACGAGCCACUAGUUGGGAGACUCUUGCUCAGCAAAUGAUGUUUUCUGAAGCUUAUAAUAAACAUGAUGCUUUGCGUCCUGAUGUUUCGGAACGCGUAUACACUGUUCGUGUGAAGUCUAAUAAGCGUCUUACGCCUUCUACAUACAACCGUAACAUUUUCCAUAUCGAGUUUGAUCUCGGAAACUCUGGAUUGACUUACGAUAUCGGUGAAGCUCUUGGUGUGUACGGUGUGAAUAACAAAGCACAUGUUGUCGAUUUUAUUAAUGAGUAUGGCUUAAAUGCCAAUGAACUCAUUCAAGUACCUUCUAUUUUCUACAAGGAUCACUGGGAAACCCGCACAGUAUAUCAAGCCUUGUCUCAAAAUCUAGACAUAUUUGGUAAACCAACAAAGAAGUUUUACGAGCAAUUAGCUCAGUAUGAAACCGAUGAAAAAGAACGUGCAGAUCUUGAUACUUUGGUCAGUCCUGUCGGUGCUCCCGACUUUAAGCGUCGCGCUGAAGUUGACAUGCUUACUUAUGCCGAUGUAUUGAAGGAAUUCAGACAGGCAAAAUUGAACGCAUCUGAUUUGGCCGUUAUCGUUCCUCCUAUCAAACGUCGUGAAUAUUCAAUUUCUUCUUCCCAAAGAAAGCAUCAGGAUAGCGUCCAUUUGCUUAUUGUCGUAGUUGACUGGAAGGAUGGUAUGGGACGUGACCGCUACGGUCAAUGUUCUCAUUACUUGUCAGGAUUGCAAGUUGGCGAUCCUGUCACUGUUGCCGUUAAAUCGUCAGUCAUGAAGUUGCCCAAAUCUCCCGAAAAGCCCAUCGUAAUGGCUGGACUUGGUACGGGAUUGGCGCCCUUCAGAGCAUUUUUACAGUUCAAGGAGUGGCAGCGACUUCAAGGCAUUCCUUCUGGAGACGUUGUGCUUUAUUUGGGUUCACGUACCCAGCGUGAAGAGUACUUGUAUGGUGAAGAUUGGGAAGCGUACCAUGCUGCCAAUUUAUUAACUUAUGUUGGACAAGCUUUUAGUCGUGAUCAACCAUACAAGAUUUAUAUCCAAGAUGUUAUGCGAUCUUCGAAAGAAUUAUUAAAGAAGACUUUGGUGGAUGAAGGAGGUUCUUUCUAUUUGUGUGGUCCCACAUGGCCAUUACCCGAAAUCACCAGUGUGCUUGAAGAGGUGAUUCAAAGUUCUUAUUCCGAAGCUGUUGAUGCUCGUAAGAUCAUUGAGCAGUGGAAGGAAGAACGACGCUUCGUAAUUGAAGUGUAUUAAAAAGAAAAUAACAUUACAGUGUAAUUAUAAAAUAGGAAUCCCACUUUUCUUCUCUCAUCAUUUAUUGUUAUGUUUUCUUAAAAAAUGCAGACAUUAUCAAAAAGGUUUAUU